GAAUCACGGGGUGCUGGAUGCUGGCCGGCUCGCCAAGCUGCUGACAAACUUGUCUUCUUGGUUUUUUUCCAGGCUGACCAGCUCACCGAGGAGCAGAUUGCAGAGUUCAAGGAGGCCUUUUCCCUGUUCGACAAGGAUGGAGACGGCACCAUCACCACCAAGGAGCUGGGCACGGUGAUGCGCUCCCUGGGCCAGAACCCCACCGAGGCCGAGCUCCAGGACAUGAUCAACGAGGUGGACGCCGACGGGAACGGGACCAUCGACUUCCCUGAAUUCCUGACUAUGAUGGCCAGGAAGAUGAAGGACACCGACAGCGAGGAGGAAAUCCGAGAAGCAUUCCGUGUCUUCGACAAGGACGGGAACGGCUACAUCAGCGCCGCGGAGCUCCGUCACGUGAUGACCAACCUCGGGGAGAAGCUGACCGACGAGGAGGUGGACGAGAUGAUCCGGGAGGCCGACAUCGACGGGGACGGCCAGGUUAACUACGAAGAGUUUGUCCAGAUGAUGACCGCGAAGUGAAGGCCGGGGCAGCUGGCGAUGCCCGUCCUCCUCCGAUCUCUCCUCUCUCGCGCUCUCUCCGACACUUCCUCGCAUAACCUGGCUCCACGCCGACCCGACUGACGACCGAGAAUCCGAUGUAAAGCAACACGAGAUUUGUCCCCGCUGCAUGACGCUCUGUGACCCCCCCGCCCCCGCCCGGCCCGGCCCGUCCUCGGCCCAGGAGCUGCGGAAGAGGGGCAGGAAGCCAAGCCCUUUCGAUGUUUGCAUGCGUCUGGCACCGGUUCUGUGUUCGAAACCUCCUGGGGCCGCGGCGAGAGGGCGAGAGGUGUCGGGGCGCCGGGCCAGGAGGAGGACGAGGGGCAGAAGAGGACGAGGUGGGCGCGAACGGCUCGGCCUCCCCAUGGCGGCGGGGGAGGCCUGUACAGAUGUAAAUGUCCCGCUCAGAGCUGUCUGUAAAUACCUGGUGCUAGUCCCGCCCCGGCCCCGCUUCUCCCGCUUCUCCCGCUUCUCCCGCCUGCCGCCCGCCCGCUCGGGGCCGCCGUCCCGGCCAUGUGCUCGAUUCUUGGGUUUCUCUUCUUUUCCAGGCAGCACCAUAUCUAGCUUGGGGGGGCUGCCAUGGGAUCCUCCCUGCAAUAAGGAAGCCGUGGGGGCCCCGCCGGGCGUCCCCUCCCCUCGCCUGGGCCCCGUCUGUGCCGUGUCUGCUGCUCGUCCUCCCCCUUCCCGACAGCAUGAUCCCGUCGUCUCCCGCUGCUGCGCUUCUCUUCACUUCAGCUUGGGACGGGCAGCUGCCGCGACAGGCCGGCCCCCUCCCCCCCUCCCUCCCGCACCGCCCACGUGGAUCCGGGGGGCCCUUCUCGGCCCACCCGAGAGUUCUGUCCGGAGGCCCCCCCGGCGCCCUCCUCCCGGGGAAGGGCGGGUCGGGGCGAGGCCGCGGGAGCGGGAGGUGGCACGAGGCUGGGGCGUCGGGGGGGGGGGGCAUUUCGUUCGUUCUGUUUUUUAAACCGGGCAAUAUUGUGUUCAGUUCAAGCUGUGAAGAAAAUAUAGAUCAAUGUUUUCCAAUAAAAUACAGUGACUACC